CCAUUAUUACAACACUAUGGGAGGAUGUUCCUCAUGUCAGUGCCUGAAGGAAAAGUCCAACUCCCGGUGGUUGAUUUUGUUUGUGAUUACAGUGGCUUUGGUUGUGGAUUGCAUUCUAUUCACUGUUGUAGCUCCAAUUGCUCCAGCUAUUCUCUAUGACAUUGAGUAUAGAAAAGGAAACACAACAUUUCAGAACUCCUCUGGUUCUUAUCAUGUUGCCAGCUAUGCUCUCCUUCCAGAUCUUUCACUCUUUGAAAAUUCAAGUAAAGAACUCUACCAUGACCAGAUCAUUAACAGCACUGAGAGUCCUACAGUUAAAAGGCAUUGUUAUAAGGGGAAGGAAUAUUUAAAUAAUCAAAAUUUGCGAGUGGGUUUUCUUCUGUCAAUCAAAGCCAUAAUGCAGCUUCUGACAAACCCCAUAGUGGUUAAGCUCAUCAAUAGAGCUGGAUAUGAUGCCCCAUUGUUUUGUGGCUUUAUCAUUGUGUUCUUCUCCUGUCUUAGUAAGUAUGUUCUCAUCGUCACCUUUGAACCCCAAAUCUCAAAUAUAAUUGAUCCCAAAUAUUCAAGUUUUCAUCUGAGGCCCUUUUGUUUUUCUUUCUUAGGGGGUCUCUGUAUUGCUAAUCUUACCUUUGGCAUGCUGGAACCAACUGUACCCAUUAGAAUGAUGCAAACCAUGGCAUAGCAAUAUGCUUUAGGACUGUCUUUCAUUCCAUCCGUGGUCGUAUAUAUAAUUUGUCUGAAUGCUUUUGCAGGGCUCGCACAAAAAAUUGGGAGGUGGCUAUGCAUUAUGCUUGGAAUGAUAAUGCAAGGAAUCAGUGUUAUGUGUAUGCCUUUAGCAAACGAUAUAUUUGGACUUAUUGGACCUGAUGCCUUCCUUGGAGGUGGCUUUGGAUUGCUGGAAACAUCAGUAAUGCCCCUCAUGGCACAUCUGGUAGAUUUACGGCACACUUCUAACUAUGGAGGCAUCUACGCCAUCUCUGAUAUCGCUCUUUGUAUUGGUUAUGCAGUGGGCCCAUUGAGUGGAGGAGCCAUUGCCAACACCCUUGGAUUUAACUGGUUAAUGAUAAUACUGGGAAUAAUAAACAUUGCUUAUGCCCCUCUUAUCUUUCUAUUGCAGAACCCACCUGACAGUACUAAGCCAAGAGGAGAAGCGAGAGCAGGAAGACUCAUGACAUCUUCCCAGAUAUGUUCCUCACCUGAACCUGUGAUAAAGAGUUGGCCUCUGGCUCUAAGAAUAACAAAAGCACAACUUGCUGACCAACAACAACACCCCUCAUUCUUCUUUAAGCAAAAUGAAAGGAUUGUGCCUUAUUUAAACAAUGGCAAACUUAAAUAGACUUUUACAAUGCAACAUUAGCUAAAUUAUUAAGGAUCAGGUCUGGCACAUGUAGGACAUUCAUUAUGGACCAGAUUAGAAUCCGGUCAGCAGGAGGUCACAAACAUCCUGUAAUAUAUGUGCAAUCUGUGUAUAUUCAGGGACCCCCAGGCAAACCAGUUGUACCACUUGCGCAAAAAAAAAAAAAUAAUAGAACAUCCAUUGUCCACUGAGGACUUAUAACAACUCUAAUGUGUUACACAGGAUACCUGUAUUACUUGUAUUUAGAACCAUUUCUGUGCAUUUAUAAUGAUUUUACAGAUAUCCAUCUUUACCAGUUUGUAGUUAUUAUGGGAUAUUCAUGCACUAAAACACCCUAUUGUUUUGGCUGCCAGAUCAGAUUUCAGACAAGUGUUAGGGAUAAGGUGGGAUAGAUUUUGCAAGGGGAAUCUGCCCUAAAUGCAUGAUCCGUUGCUAUUGAAACAUUGAGAAUGAUAAAAAAAAAGUGGCAAAUCAUAUCAUUUUGGAUUGAACAUUACCCCACGUAAAUAUAUUGUCAACAACUGGGGAAUUGAUGUAUAAAUAUAUGAUGUUUUUGAGAUGCAGCUGAACUCAUUACUACAACCAUGAACAAUGUGUGUUUUAGCGGUGAUCUGAGGCACAAGCCCCAAUGCCUUCACCCCUCACUUACCUCUGUUGUACCUGGAGAGGAUCAAUGGGGAUGUAAUGCUGGUACAGUGAGUUAAAUCAGUUAUUAAAUUGCCCAGGGUGGUUAUUUGCUGCUUCUAAUAUACUGGUGCCUGAGGCAAUGUUCUACUGUAGUCUUUAUGGCAAAAUGAACCUGUGUACUUUAAUCACUGUAAACACAUUAGCUUUAAAGAUUAUACAAUAAGGGACCCAUUUACUAAGGGUCGAAAGUGAAUUUUCGAAUUCAAAAACUUUGAAUUUCGAAGUAAUUUUUGGGUACUUCGACCAUCGAAUAGGCCAAAAUUAGAUUAGAAUUGAAAAAACUUCGACUUCGAAAAUCGAAGUACUGUCUCUUUAAAAAACCUCAAUUUCGACACUUCGUUAAUUGGCUAAGUUUUGAGUAGUCGAAGUAUUUUUUUGUAAAAUCGUUCGAAUCGUG